CCUCCAGUAACCCAGGAAACCAGAGUUUGGCUCCAGCAGGCUAAAAGCAGGUUUCAUGGCAGCUGCGAAGAAAGCAGUUGUGGGCCCACUGGUGGGGGCAGUGGACCAGGGUACCAGCUCGACACGCUUUUUAGUUUUCAAUUCAAAAACAGCUGAACUGCUUAGCCAUCAUCAAGUGGAAAUAAAACAGCAGUUCCCAAGAGAAGGGUGGGUGGAACAAGACCCUAAGGAAAUUCUGCAGUCUGUCCGUGACUGCAUAGAGAAAACCUGUGAAAAGCUUGGACAGCUCAAUAUUGAUAUUUCCAACAUAAAAGCUAUUGGUGUCACCAACCAGAGGGAAACCACUGUCAUCUGGGACAAGUUAACUGGUGAGCCUCUCUAUAAUGCCGUCUUGUGGCUUGAUCUAAGAACCCAGUCCACUGUGGAAAAGCUGGGUAAACUAAUUCCAGGAAAUAAAAACUUUGUUAAGACCAAGACGGGCCUUCCACUUAGCACUUACUUCAGUGCAGUGAAACUUCGUUGGCUCUUUGACAACGUGAAAAAUGUUCAGAAGGCUGUUGAAGGACAUAGAGCUGUUUUUGGGACCAUCGAUUCGUGGCUUAUUUGGAGUCUGACAGGAGGAAUCAAUGGAGGUGUCCACUGUACUGACGUAACAAAUGCAAGCAGGACGAUGCUUUUCAACAUUCAUUCUUUGAAAUGGGAUGAAGAGCUCUGUGACUUUUUUGGAAUUCCAAUGGAAAUUCUUCCCAGUGUCCGGAGUUGUUCUGAGAUUUAUGGCCUGAUGAAAUCUGGGGUCUUAGAAGGUGUGCCAAUAUCCGGGUGUUUGGGAGAUCAAUCUGCUGCUUUGGUGGGACAAAUGUGCUUCCAGGAUGGACAAGCCAAAAAUACAUAUGGAACAGGAUGCUUCUUACUAUGUAACACAGGCCAUAAGUGUGUGUUUUCUGAACAUGGCCUUCUGACCACAGUGGCUUACAAACUUGGAAGAGACAAACCAGUAUGUUAUGCAUUGGAAGGUUCCAUAGCUAUAACUGGGGCACUUAUUCGCUGGCUAAGAGACAAUCUAGGAAUUAUUAAGACCUCAGAGGAAAUUGAAAAACUUGCUAAAGAAGCAGGUACGUCGUAUGACUGCUACUUUGUCCCUGCAUUUUCAGGGCUGUAUGCACCUUAUUGGAAACCCAGUGCAAGAGGGAUAAUCUGUGGACUCACUCAGUUCACCAACAAAUGCCAUAUCAGUUUUGCUGCACUAGAAGCUGUUUGUUUCCAAACCCGAGAAAUUUUGGAUGCCAUGAAUCAUGACUGUGGAAUUCCCCUCAGUCAUUUGCAGGUUGAUGGAGGAAUGACCAACAAUAAAAUUCUUAUGCAGUUACAAGCAGACAUUCUGUGUAUUCCGGUAAUAAAGCCCACCAUGCCUGAAACAACUGCCCUGGGGGCUGCCAUGGCAGCAGGAGCUGCAGAAGGAGUUGGGGUUUGGAGUCUCAAACCAGAGGAUCUGUCAUCUGUCACAAUGGAGCGGUUUGAACCUCAGAUCAAUAUUGAAGAAAGUGAAAUUCGCUAUGCUACAUGGAAGAAAGCUGUGAUGAAGUCAAUGGACUGGGUUACAAUGGAGUCUCCAGAAAGUGGUGACCCUUGCAUCUUCUGUAGUCUGAGUUUGGGCUUUUUUGUAGUAACUAGCAUGGUAAUGUUAAUCGGAGCGAGGUAUCUCUCAAAUGGCCUCUAAGUCAUGCCAAUUGGUGGAUUUCCAAGAUAAGAACUCUUUAUGCAUGGACAGAAUCCAGCAAUUGUGACUCAAUGCGAUGACACAAUCCAUAGACUCUGAUUUCAUUCAUGUGCCAUUUGCUGCAUGAUCCACCUAGUAGACCUACGGCUUGAAAUAAAGUGCAGCAGAA